UGUGUGUGUGUAUGUGUGUGUGUGUGUUCAGAGUUAGGCAGCACCUCAAACCCAACACACACUCCUUCAUUUUCCUGCUUCAGUUAGAUUCUAGAGCAGAAGAGAGGCCAGCAGCGCGAAAUGUCUCUGUUGGACAAACCGUCCCACUUCCUGUCCCUGUUUGUCCCACAGCUGGCUCGGAUAAAUCUGCUGUUGCCAUGGCGACACACAUCAGGGCAGAGGUCCGCUUCUUGUGGCCUUUCUGUCAGUUUGGUUGGCGGUGAUUAAGUCCGGCUGCGUGUUGCCUGUCCUGCAGGUGUGAAGGACGAUGCUGCGGACAGGAAUCCGUCUUCUGGCGCUGGCGCUGUGUGUUUCAGCUGGUGGAGACUUUGACUGGACCAAGAAUGAGAAAACCUCUUUCUUCUACGGCGCCUUCCCACCUGGUUUCUCCUGGGGCGUCGGCAGCUCAGCCUAUCAGACCGAAGGAGCGUGGAAUACAGACGGGAAGGGAAUGAGCAUCUGGGAUGUGUUUGCUCAUAAAAAAGGAAAAAUCUCCUCCAAUGAAACGGGAGACUCUUCAUGUGAAGGAUACUACAAGUUCAAGGAUGACAUUAACCUGAUGAAGGAGAUGAAGCUGAGUCAUUAUCGCUUCUCUGUUUCCUGGCCGAGGAUUUUACCCAGCGGGUUGAGAAGUGAGCACGUUAACGAGAAAGGAAUCAGGUAUUACAGCGACCUGAUCGAUUUGCUCCUGGACAGUAAGAUCACACCUGUGGUCACUCUGUACCACUGGGAUCUACCUCAGGUGCUGCAGGAGAAACAUGGCGGCUGGCAGAACGCCAGCAUGGUCGGCUACUUCAACGAAUUCGCCAACUUGUGUUUUGAACGUUUUGGGAACMGAGUGAAGCACUGGAUCACCUUCAACAACCCCUGGUCCAUYUCCGUGGAAGGAUACGAAACAGGGGAGCACGCCCCCGGACUGAGGAYGAGGGGCAGCGGCGCUUACAGAGCGGCUCACCACAUCAUCCAGGCCCACGUUACUUCUGGAUGUCCAGGCAGGAAGAGCGGCCAGCAGGGUCUGGGCGCGUCGCGGCUGCCCGUCUUCUCGCCUCAGGAGAAGAGCUACGUCCGAGGAACCGUCGACUUCCUGGGCCUCGGACAUUACACCACCCGCUACGUSACCCAGAAGAACUACCCUUCCGGCUUCGGGGACAGUUACUUCGCAGAUCGGGACCUGGCGGAGCUGGUGGACCCAAAGUGGCCCGACCCCGGUUCUGAGUGGCUCUACUCGGUUCCCUGGGGGUUCCGGAGAUUGUUGAACUUUGUGAAGACCCAGUACGGAAACCCGAUGAUCUACGUGACGGAGAACGGCGUCUCGGAGAAGAWGCUGUGCACCGACCUGUGUGAUGACUGGAGGAUGCAGUACUUCAGGGAAUACAUCAACGAGCUGCUGAAAGCCGUUAGAGACGGCGUCAACGUGAAGGGUUACACCGCCUGGUCUCUGCUGGACGGCUUCGAGUGGGACGAAGGCUUCUCUGAGCGCUUCGGACUCUACUUUGUGGACUUCAGGAACAAGAACAAACCUCGCUUCCCAAAAGCUUCGGUCCAGUUCUACAAACGCAUCAUCAGCUCCAACGGCUUCCCCAGCCAGAGAGAGGUGGAGAGCUGGAAGAGGAAGGCGGUGGAGACGUGUUCCUCCAGCAACCAGCUGCUGGCUGCAGAUCCGCUGAUCGGCCACAUGGAGAUGGUCACAGAGAUCGUUGUUCCCACCGUCUGCUCGCUCUGCAUCCUCCUCAGCGCCGUCUUCCUCAUGUUUCUGCUGCGCCGACGCCUCUGAGGAACGCCUCGCCUGUGUCCAUGGGAGCAGAGCUCAGCAGGAACCGACCAGAGCGGCGUCUUCCUGUUGGCCGCCCUGCCGUUCUGUUCCAGUCGGGUCAUCAAUAAACAGUCAGAACAAGCAGAAUGUGAUUAUUCAUCAGUGCAUGAUUAGUAAGCCUGGUUUACUGUUGAACUAAGGUUGGACUGAACUGUUCAAACUGUUCAGACUGGAGCAAACAACCAGGCUGAACUUUAUGUUAUGAGUUUCAUCAUAUUUAAGCUUUUAUUACCAGCUGUAUUUAUAAAUUUGAUAUAACAAUAAAGUGGUUUAAAUGURCAUAA